AUGCAAGCGAUCAAGAUGAGGCAUGAGAUAACCUCUCUGGCUAGCCAUGCGCUUGAAGCGCGAAGAAUUGAGAAUACGGAUUCCGGUGCGAAGGAAAACCAUAAUCUUUCGCCAACGGCGAUAGGUUUCCUGGUCCCGCUUUUCAUCGUAUUUUUGAUUGGUCCUUUCAUGUGCGUGUACUUCGUCCGGAGACGUCAGACUUCGAGACGACAGCCUGGUAAUGAACCACGACAGGAACGAGCAUCGAAAACCAGGAAGCCAGCCGACAGCAGAGAUGAAGCAAGGAAGAAACUCGAAAGCGCGACAGAAAUAUCGAGCCUCUCGAGCCAAACCGCGUCAACUACGUCCUGCGUGAGCGACGAUUGCGAGAAAACCGCCUGCACGGAGGUGAUAUCCAUUUUGGAAAAGGAAUGCGCGAUAUGCCUCUCGACCUUACACUCUCCAGCACCACCUGCGCCAGCGAAAAUCCAACAUCACCGCAAUGACAGCACCAACACCACCACCACCGACACUCCAUCCCCAAACCCGGAAUCACUAUACAAUCUCUCACCAUCGUCGUCUUUAUCCAUUCACGAAACACUCGAAAAGCCAGAACAGAUCCUCCGCCUCAAAGUCUGCGGUCAUGAGUUCCACGAGGAGUGUCUGGUGUCUUGGUGUCGGAUCCGGAAGUACAGCUGUCCUAUCUGCAGGGCAGCGUACUACGUUGUUCCGGAGGAGAAGGAAAAGGAUGCUGGGCAGAUGGUGGAAGAGCGAGUUGUUAGGGAGAGAGAUAUGGAGGAGGGGAAUGCGGGGAUCCGAAGCGAUUCCGCCGCAAUGCGAGAAGAGGGGAGGAGUCAGGAAAUGAGAAGAUGA